CUGUCCGCCUACUCAAUGGGUCCGGGUGGAGCAACAGCCCUAAGGUUAGCAAAGGGAACGCUUUCCUCUUUUGGUGCAGCCUCGUUCGGGACAAUGUGAUAGUGGUUACCAGUGCUAUCUGCCAGGAGUGGCCGCUUUCCAUACCGCCCCUUUGGGGGCGGCAGGAGAGGAAGAAAAGGCAAAGCUCUGCCGUCAAGUGAAGCGUCUCUGCAGCUGCAGCUGCUGCUGCUGCUGCCACCGCCACCUCAUCCUCCCUCCCCGAGGCAGAAUAUGCUAGGCCGAAAUGAAUCCUGUGGUGCAGAGCAGAUGCCCAUGUCUUACUUGACUUGCCUGCUUUACAUACUGGAAGGAUGGACUGGAAUAGAACACUUGGACGAAUAUCUGAGUUACCUGGCCUACCUCACAUGGCUCUUUGCACCAUUGCUUGUAGCAUUUUUACUUCCUGCAAUCAUCCUCAUUCUUGUAUAUGUCAGCAUUUUUAUUCUUCAUAUUUACAAGUUACGGACACACUUAAAAGAGGUUUAUGCAAAUGAUUUUUGGGAUGGUGCAAGACUAACAGUGACAACUAUGUGGUAUGUUCACGCAAGAAUAUGGAAUGGCUAUGAGUUGCAUGGCCUAGAAAAAAUACCUGAUGGACCAGCCCUAUUUGUUUUUUAUCACGGAGCAACACCUUUAGACUUUUUCUACUUUGUGUCUGCUGUUCUUGCUAAGAAGAAAAAAUUCAUCCAUGUAGUUGCUGAUCACUUUGUCUUUUCAUUACCAGGUUUCAAAAUCUUAGUUGAUGUGUUUAGCGCUUUGCCUGGAUCACAGGAGGAAUGUAUAAAAGCAUUAAAGAACGGACAGACACUGGCCAUUUCACCAGGAGGAGUUCGGGAAGCCCUGUUUAGUAAUGAAUGCUACACCAUGCUAUGGGGAAAUCGUAAAGGAUUUGCUCAAGUGGCUAUUGAUGCAAAAGUGCCCAUCAUUCCCUUUUUUACACAAAAUAUUCGGGAAAGCGUUCGAACACUUGGUGGAUUAAAACUACUUAGAUGGGUGUAUGAGAACACUCGCUUGCCACUAGUCCCAUUGUAUGGAAACUUCCCUGUCAAACUACGCACAUAUGUUGGAGAUCCUAUUCCAUAUGACCCAAAUGUAACUGCUGCAGAACUGGCAGAAAAAGCAAAAAAUGCGGUACAAUGUUUAAUAGACAAACAUCAGAAAAUACCAGGAAAUGUAUUUAGAGCAUUGAUGGAACGAUUUGAAACACAGAGAAAAGAAGACUAGUGUCUUUUUUGGUUCACAAAUAGUUGUAAAGUAUUUUAAAAUAAUGUUUAUGACGUGAUGUAAUAUUUGAGAAGAAUGCUAUUGUAUUUUACUUUCUUUACAAUUGUACAGUUUUACAGAAAAACAAGUUAUUUCCCCAAAAGAUCCUUGUUAAAUCUGAGACUUGGGAAUCUUAUUCUUUAGGUACCAACACAACAACAGUGGUACCUUGCAAGACGAAAAUAAUUAGUUCUGUGGGUUGUGCCGUCUUACGAAAAAGUUUGUCUUGCGGAAACAAACGGCAGGAAAAAAAAACACGUCUUGCGAGACACGGCCAUAGAAAGCUUUGUCUAGCGAGUUUUUCAUUCCGUGAGGCAUUCGUCUUACGAGGUACCACUGAAUUUGAUAUUUUUAAAAGCAUAGUUGUACCUUGGAAUAAGCUAUAAAAUGGCUUUUUUGGUUUCUUGAAAAUAUAUGGAAUUUCCAUACAAAUUUUAUUUAAAUGGAAGGUAACAUUAGGACAGGCACCCCCAAACUUCGGCCCUCCAGAUGUUUUGGACUACAAUUCCCAGCAUCCCUGACCACUCGUCCUGUUAGGGAUCAUGGGAGUUGUAGGCCAAAACAUAUGGAGGGCCGCGGUUUGGGUUCCUGCAUUAGGAUGUAUUUGAACAUUAUAGCUGUGUGCCUUUCAUGUCUCAUGUGGGGUAACAGAUUCUCCAAUCAUGAUAAAGUCCUGGAUUAUAUUUAUUAACAUUUGUAUAAUGUAAAACUUCCAAAAAGGUAAAAUAACAAUAGACCAGAAACAGAUUUGAAAAACCACCUAGCGCUCUUAUGUAGUGAGUCUGCAUAUUGGCACCAACUGCUGGCAGAAAUAUAUGAAACUAUUGUGAAUGUCUGAUUAAUAUCUUGCAUGAAACCAUGACCACACAAGCAUUUUUCUGCCAAAAUGGAUAAAGAGCCCCUGGAUGCAAAAUGAUAGGUCAGCAUGUUUAUCCUUGGAAUUGUAUUCCAAGCUGGUCUGCAGUAAAACUAGUGAUAUUUAAUGCUUUAAUUAGGUUUUUUUUAAAGUACUUUUAAAAUUUGGUGGCUUAUUUAACAUGAAGAGAGCUGGUUUUUGCUCCAUAAAUUGAUGAGAUAUACUGAACUUUCAGUGAUGUGACUUCAGUUUCAAUACCCACCUUCAGGGUAAUAUCAGUAAUUCUGAUAUUUAGCUGUAAAUACUUGAGUGGUAGCUUAUUUCCUAAAUUUAUAUGCUACUUUUAAACAUUCCAGAAUAACUUGCCAUGCACUUCUUCAAAUCAAUAUUUAUAUAUUUAGCUUAUUUGUUAUUCUACAGAGUUUGUUUUUAUUUUGUAGUUUUAGCUUAAGUAAAACUACUUUAAUGGGACGCAGGUGUGCUGUGGUCUAAACCACAGAGCCUAGGGCUUGCUGAUCAGAAGGUUGGCGGUUCGAAUCCCCGUGACGGGGUGAGCUCCCGUUGCUCGGUCUCAGCUCCUACCAACCUAGCAGUUCGAAAGCAUGUCAAAGUGCAAGUAGAUAAAUAGGUACCACUCUGGCAGGAAAGUAAACGGCGUUUCCGUGCACUGCUCUGGUUCGCCAGAUGAGGCUCAGUCAUGCUGCCACAUGACCCGGAAGCUGUCUGUGGACAAACGCCGGCUCCCUCGGCCAGUAAAGCCAGAUGAGUGCCGCAACACCAGAGUCGUCUGCAACUCGACCUAAUGGUCAGGGGUCCCUUUACCUUUAAAACUACUUUUAAAAAUUGUCGGGAGAAAACUCCAGCUGAAGAUGCUGUAAAAUAGACUUUUUCAGUAUAUUUGAAUACUCAUCUGAAUUGAUUUGGAAUACGUGAAAUUGAGCUUUACAUUACUUUUCAGGUUUUAAUAUGUGUAAAUAGGGCUUCAUUCAAAACUCUUCAGGAGAUCAUGUGCACUUCUUCUGGUCAGGGUAGGCCUUCCUAUUCAGUGAACAUUUGAGCACUUAUCUGUGCCUAUCAGAAGAUUGCUAGAUUCAGGUUAGAACUGAGCUGCCAGAAAAUUAAAUUGGUUUGUUAAAAUACAUUUGUGGGCACUGAUUUCUUUCUCAAAUCAGGGGUCAGCAAACUUUUUCAGCAGGGGGCCGGUCCACUGUCCCUCAGAUCUUGUGGGGGGCUGAACUAUAUUUUUUUGGGAGGGGAAAUAACCAAGAGAUGCAUUUUAAAUAAAAGGACACAUUCUACUCAUGUAAAACAUGCUGAUUCCCGGACCGUCCGUGGGCCAGAUUUAGAAGGCGAUUGGGCCGCAUCCUGCCCCCGGGCCUUAGUUUGGGACCCCUGGGGCUAAAUAAAUGGGAAAAGUGGCCUAUAAACAUAUUAAAUCAGUUGUUUGGACAUGUAAAAGAAAUUUGAACAUUUCAAAAUAAACAACUGCAAAAUACUAAUAUCUGAAUAAUGAUGCAAUUACAUCAGAAUCCAGUUUACUUUCUCUUGCAUUAGAAAAUGGCAGCAGCUCUAAUACCGUUUAGAAGUGAAUGAUAAGACAAAUGACAUUUUUAGAAACCUCUUCCUUUCUGCGAUUGUAAUUUGUUUUAAACUGAUCUUGCCAUUGUGUUUUAAUUGUUGUAGCCAGUCCUGGGACUUUAGGGUGAAGGGUGGGUAAUAAUUUUUAAUACUAUAUAGAAAACAGCUCAGGUGGUUUCUGUUGACUUGAUCAGUUGUUAUACUAGUGCAGUGCAAACAUUUUAGUUAUUUGCCCUUGCCCGCAACUCCUUGCUGGAGCUCUGAUGUGUAUAGAAAAACUGUCGCAUGCAGCAGCUUCUUGACAACAGUGCAGGUUGUAGCCGAAAGUGAUGGAAAGGGCCUGUAUGUAUCUCAAAUCAAAUGAGCACACUGGCAAAUGGAAUGUCAUAUACUUAGAAUGUAUAACUGUAUGAAGAUAUGUGUGCUCAAAUGCACGCAUGGGUAGAUGGUGCUCUUCAGUUCAGUAAAGUAAGCUGAUACACAUGAGCAAAGGAAUGCAUUUGUAGAUUGUCUCCAUCCACUGAACUGAGAAAGCUCUUCAGGCAAGGAAAUUUCUGAUGAGCAUUGGGGUUUCCACUCCCCAAACACAUUGCUGGCUUGGUUUAGAGGUCACUAAUUCUCAAUCUGUUUUGCAUGAAACUGGUCCUAUUAAAUUCUGAUGUGUGUGUGAGAGAGAAGAGAGAACGAUUGGGUGUUUGUGGCAAAUAUAACAGCACGGCAAGUUGUUUGUGUUACAAACCUGAAAAAUGGUACUGGUACAUUCCCAUUUUUAAAAAGUAUUGAAUUGAGUAUCAAAACAAAAUGCAGUAUAAUUAUUACGGUCAAUUAACAUAUCUAAGUUAAGUUACAGUUUUUCCACGUUCUGUUUUCUGUAUAUUUGUAUGGUAUUUUGUGAAGUUUUUUUUUAAUUGCAGAAUAAAGUUGAAAUGGCAACUAGAACAAAAAUCCUGUGUGUUUUU